AUGCCACAGGACAUAACGCAACUGCUAGACUGUCCUCUUGUCAUUGCGGUCAUCUUGGCGUCUGGUGUUGGAGGCACAUUUCAGUAUGGAUACAGCAUAUCAGUGAUGACCUCCCCCUCUGCUUUCAUAAAGGAUCUGAUGAACAGGACAUGUGUGCAAAGAUACAACGUUCAUUUGGAGCAGUGGCAGGUCUCGCUCUUCUGGUCCUUCACGGUGGCCAUUUAUAGUUUUGGGGGCUUUCUGGGGUCACUACUAUGUGGUUCAUUCCUUUCAAAAUAUGGAAGAAAGAAAGGCAUGCUGUAUAACAAUUUUUGGGCUAUUUUUGGCGCUGUGUUGAUGAUCUUAAGUCAACUUACCACAUCGUAUGAGAUGAUCGUCGUGGCACGACUUCUCUACGGCAUCAAUGCAGGGGUGUCUUUUGUAGCUCACCCAAUGUACGUGAUUGAAUGCACUCCGAAGAGGCUAAGAGGGAUAGUGGGUGUGACGAUCGCCACCUGUAUGUCACUGGGGAAGCUCACUGGUCAGGUGCUGGGCAUCAGAGAGUUACUUGGUACAGAGAAAAACUGGCCCUGGCUGCUCGGUUUCAACGGCUUCACUGCAUUGGCUCAGCUCCUCACUCUGCCCCUCUUGCCAGACUCCCCCAGUUUCUUGCUCCAGGAGAAAGGUGAUCGCCAGGGGUGUGAGAAAGCUCUCAAGAGGCUCUGGGGCGACGGAGACCACAGCGGGGCGAUGGAGGAAAUGAUGGAGGAGAAAGCUGUCCUGCAGAAUGUUCGCAGCCACUCUGUGCUGGAACUCAUUCAGGACAGAAGAGUCCGCUGGCAGUUCAUCACCAUUCUUGUUGCUUUCACUUCGGUGCAGUUUUGCGGCAUCGGUGCUGUGUAUUUCUACUCUUUCGAAGUGUUUCGAGCUGCAGGAAUCCCAGAAGUCAGUUUACCUUAUGCGGCUGUGGGAAUAGGCCUGUGUGAACUAUUCGCCUCUUUCACCUGCUUCCUCGUCAUUGGAAAGAUAACACGUAAGGUCCUGAUGGUCAGAGGCUACCUGAUCAUGGCUGCAACACUGAUCCUCCUCACCGUCACUCUGUCUCUGCAAACUCUCAACUCUUGGUUGCCAUACUGCAGCAUGGUCCUCAUUUUUAUACUCGUAUUUUUUUUUGCCUGUGGACCAGCUGGCGUGACACCUUCUUUACCGGGGCACAUCUUCUCUCCGGCAUUCAAAACGGCUGCAUACACAAUCGCCGCCAGUAACAGUUGGACUUUCCUGUUCAUUGUUGGGAUUAUCUUUCCUCUCUUAGUGGAUAAUCUGGGUUAUUGUUGCUUUCUCAUAUUUCUGUUUUUCUGCAUUGCCUGUGGAGUGUUUGUGAAGUUUAACGUUCCUGAGACCAACAAUCUUACCAUAAUGGAGAUCACUGCAGAGUUUGACAGGAUGCACGGCAAAUCUGGAACAGCAUGCAGCAAAACAUCUGCACACAACAACCUAAAUGGAAUAAAAACACAGGAGACCAGAUUCUAAACAAAGAAAU